UCGUGACGGGGGCGGUUUGGCGUCAGUCUUUCCCGUCUGGAGUCUGACGCGCUCCGCCAGCCAAUAAGCUCAUGUAGCACUUCGGCGCCCGUACCCGCUGUUGAGGCAGGAUUUCUUUAAAUAAAGAUGGCAGAUGUUGUCGAAGGAGACGGCACUCGCUCCGCUGCCCCUUCCAUGCUUCACUCGGCGGCUCGCAACGGGUCCGGCAUGAGCUCGGCGACGUGCGCCGGCGGCCUCGUCACGACCACAGUCAUCUCCGGGCCUCGGUUGGUCCGCAUCGUCAAGUCGGAUUCGGGCUACGGCUUUAACGUCCGCGGUCAAGUAAGCGAAGGAGGGCAGCUGAGAAGCAUCAACGGCGAACUUUACGCCCCGCUGCAGCACGUCAGCGCCGUGUUACCGGGCGGUGCGGCUGAUCGAGCUGGAAUCUCAAAAGGGGACCGUAUUCUUGAAGUAAAUGGGGUGAAUGUGGAAGGGGCCACUCAUAAGCAGGUGGUAGAUCUCAUCCGAGCAGGAGAGAAAGAGUUGGUCUUGGCCAUUCUGUCGGUUCCUCAGCCAGAGACGGACAGUCUUGAUCCUGGGGACGAUGGCUCUUCGCAGUCCUGCUAUGACUACAGUGACAAGCAGGCCGUGCCCAUCUCAGUGCCCACCUACAAACAUGUGGAACAGAACGGGGAGAAGUUUGUUGUAUACAACGUGUACAUGGCAGGCAGGCAGUUGUGCUCCAAGCGCUAUCGAGAGUUUGCCAUCUUGCAUCAGAAUCUGAAGAGGGAAUUUGCUAACUUUGCAUUUCCCAAGCUGCCAGGGAAAUGGCCUUUCUCCCUGUCUGAGCAACAGCUAGAUGCUCGCAGACGAGGGCUGGAGGAAUACUUGGAGAAAGUAUGUUCUGUUCGGGUAAUCGGGGAGAGCGAUGUCAUGCAGGAGUUUCUGUCGGAGUCUGAUGAGAACUAUAAUGGUGUUUCUGAUGUGGAGCUAAGGAUAGCAAUGCCAGACAAAACUACAGUUACGGUCCGGGUGAGAAAGAAUUGCACAACAGACCAGGUCUACCAGGCUGUAGUAAUGAAGAUUGGGAUGGACAGCAUUACUGCAAGUUAUUUUGCUCUGUUUGAAGUCAUUAACCACUCUUUUGCACGCAAGCUGGCCCCUAAUGAGUUUCCACACAAGCUGUAUGUUCAGAACUACACAUCUGCCAUCCCAGGCACCUGCCUCACACUCCGCAAGUGGCUCUUCACCACAGAGGAAGAGAUUCUUCUCAAUGACAACGAGCUGGCUAUCAACUAUUGCUUCCAUCAGGCUCUGGAUGAUGUGAAAAAGGGAUUUAUCAAAGUGGGAGAGACAUCCUACCAACUCCAAAAGCUCUCUGAACAGAGGAAAAUGACCAUGUAUUUAGGUAUUCUGAGGACAUGUGAGGGUUACAAUGAGAUCACUUUCCCGCACUGCUCCUGUGACUCACGGAGGAAAGGUCACGUCGUCACAGCGAUAAGCAUCCACCACUUUAAACUCCAUGCGUGCACAGAUGAUGGCACUCUAGAGAAUCAGGUGAUAGCGUUCGAAUGGUCCGAGAUGCAGAGAUGGGACACGGAUGAAGAGGGAAUGGCUUUCUGUUUCGAGUACGCGCGAGGGGAGAAGAAACCUCGCUGGGUCAAAAUCUUUACUCCUUAUUUCAACUACAUGCACGAGUGCUUUGAGAGAGUCUUCUGUGAGCUCAAAUGGAGAAAAGAGGUUGAAGAGGAGGCCACAGACAAGGACAAUAAAAACUGCAGUAAAGAUGGUAUGUGCGGUAAGAAUAUCUUCCAGCUGUUGAGACACAGAAGGGAUGGAGGCACAUGAAUGAAGAGAUCAUCUCCUCUUGAAUUCUCGAAAACAUGCACACGUACACUAAAAUCUGCAUACAGUGAACAUUUCAAACCAGUCCCAUAUGCUUACAUGCACUCCACCACUGAUACACACAUAAUGAAAUACGAAGAUAUGAAGCAGGAAAUGACACAAUCACAGUGCAAUGAUGAAAAUAAGAAACUACAAGAGACUUUUAAAGACUUCCGUCAUCAUUUCAUUUCAUUGGACUGAACAGAAUUAUGUUGGACGUACCGGAGUUGACCGCCAGCUCAGGACAGAAGAGACGGCACUCAGAGACUGUAAUGCUCCAGGAGACGGACGUGGUCAUUGACAUGGCACCAGCAUUGUGAUUAAUUCAUGUCAUGUGACUGGUCACAAGACGAGGUCUUCAGAUGCUGACAACUGAGAGACUGAGCUGUGCUUCUGAGGAGUGCGUCAAUUUAAAGACAUGGAAACGUCAGCGAACUGACUAUUAAUGUAUCAUCCUGACACUAACACGUAUACCUGUGAGGGCAGAGAUGCUCUCUCAGAAUGUGACAAUUUAAAGGUACACUGUGUAACUUUUAGCGCUCUAGCGAUUAUUAAACAAAACUGCAUGAGUCUUGCGGAAGAACAUUGUGGCCGGAGUUUAUGUCUAUACAGGUCGCGCCGGUAAUGGCAUCCUGCUCGGUUUAAAAUAGCCCGAAUAUAAACUCAUAUUAUAGGCGUACCGAAGUGAUUCAGGAUAAUGCAGAGACGCAGUUUGGAAGAUGGAUUCAUGAUGUACCCGCUCAUUAUAUAGCCUACAUUUUGAAAACCAAAAAGUUACAUGGUGGACCUUUAAACAAAAAAGAAUAUAAAACAAAAACAUUACUACAUUUUCCACUUGGACAAUCAGAGUGAGAGAGGGAAAGGGAAAGAGAAAGAGAGAAAAAAAGGGCAAGAGAGACGGAUCAAUACUUUCCAUGCUUUUCCACAUUAAUUUGUCUCUUACCUCACUAUUGCCACUGUGUUGGUAGUAGGUUUGUACAGAUUUUCAGCCCUUUAGCUGAACUGAGGUUUUAAUUUAAUUGGGUUUUUUGUGCUCACAUCUGUCUUAUUCUUCAAAGCAGUAUUUGGUUGCAUUAGCUAUCACCAGGUCCAGAUGUAAUUUCUGUGCAGAUUUUAAUGGAAUUUUCUCCUGGUAAAAUGUGUUAAAUGGGUCAAUGACGUGACGUUCCUUUUAAAUCUAUUUUAUUUAUUCAAAUCAAAAUGUUAAAAAUGCGAUUCAAAUAUAAAGAUAUUAAAUACACAUCUUUUGUAAGUUUUAUUAAUUUUUUCCUUCUUUUUUAGGGUGGUUCUGGAUUUAAAGUCAUGUGGUUUAACUCCCCCCUCCCUCCCCUUCAAAAACAUAAUGAUGAUCAUUUAUUAUAAUGAUAAAAAACAAUACUUUUCUUUAAUUUAAAUACAUUUUCAAAAUAAGUAUUAAAUGAGUGAUUCUCAACUUCUUUGACUUCCCUUGCACCAUUUUCAAAGGCCCCUCAUAUUUGCUAUAUUUUUACUGAUAAAUUUGGUAUAAUUAUUACAACUUUUUUGAGUGUAUAUAUAUAUAUAUAUAUAUACUUGGAUUUUUUGGCCUGUUUUUAUUUUAUUUCAAUUAAGGUAUUAUUUUAAUAGACUCUAUAUAUUUUCUCCUCAUGGGCACUCUUGCUUGUCAUUGACCUGAACACAUGCAGCUAAACAUACCUAUAUUGAUAGCUGAAUGCAUGAAUAAAUGAAUGAGUGAACAAUCAAGGGCUGAAAAACUUGUGAAUUAUGAGUGUUGUAAAUCUGCAGAGUCUGUGUGGAUCUGGCACAAAAAAAACUAAACAAAAAAACACCUGCGCGCACAACAAAUCAUCUGUAAAAGAGCUGUGUGGGUGUUCACUCAUCUCAUAUGUUACUUCAGUUGAACAGUAUUAACAGUGUUAUAAAUGUGAAGCACUGAAUUGGAAAGCCAGUAGUGUUUAUCUUGAAUAUUGGUCUGUUUGUUUUAUGAGCUUUAGGUUGUCAUGCCUUCAUUCAGCAGUAGGGGGCUCUGACCACACAGGAAGCCAUCUACAUCAAACUGUGUGAGUGUGUGACCAUUUAAUCGUUUCCCCCUUCCACUCCCGCUCCAAUUUUACUUAUUGUAGCGCAGGCGCAUACAAAUCUGUCGGACCAGACCAGUCAGGACAUGUUUUGCACUUUUUAAAUAACAUAUGUGUGAUGUGUGUUAAAAGACUGCAUUGUUCCUUUAAAAGUUUCAUCACAUUCAUUGACUUAAAAGAAAUAUUCCUGGUUCAAUACAAAUUCAUAUUUAUCGGCACAAUGUUGAUUACAAGAAAAGUAGUUUCAAUUAAAAAUCUGGGUUACAGUAAAGCACUUAUAAUGGAAACUAAUGGGGCCAAUCUGGAAAAGAUAAAUACUGACGUUUAAAACAGUCACAAUGCAUAAUGUGUAUUAACACGUGUGUUGUGUGUGUUUCUCAGAUUGUUUGUUUUCUGUAAAAUGUUAUAUCCAACUUGAAGACUUUACAGUUAAAAUAAUACACAAGUUUUACAAGAAGAAUUCAUGUUUUAGCUUCAUAUUUCUGCUUUUAAAUCCUCUAAAUAUUGGCUCCACCAUAUCCUUGAUUGUAUUUUUUUUUAAUUUGAUUAACCUUUUUACUAAAGAGUUGAAUGAAUUGGCUAGUAUUCAACCAGGAAUAUUCAUUUAAUAGACAAAUUGAAUACGCAACGACUUUGAACAGAACCAUUUAUGUUGUGUUGGAUUACUGUCUUGUAUAACAGUUAUGCUGGUUAUCAUGGGAUUUCACAGAUUCACGCAAAGCCUCUGUGCAAGCAUAUGGAACAAAUGUCUCUUCUUUCUUGUCAGAAAGGCUUGUCAUAGAUUUAAGAUGAGACUUUUAACGUUGUCUCUCCCCUCUCUCAUUCUUUACUCUUUCAUUCUCUCCGUUUGUUUGCUCUGGUUGUUUUUCUCUAUUGGUGAAAACUUUUAUUUAUUUGAAUAUGGAAUUCAAACUCAAAUAUCUCUGUACAGUAUUUUCAGCGUUGUGAGUUUUGGGUAACCUUUUCAAAAAAAUCAGGCACAAAGUGACUAGUAUGAACCUAAAGAAGCAAUGUAGGACACACAGCAAAUAAAACAAAACAAACUAUACAGUACCUGGAGGUUUUGAAAUCGAUAUCUCAAGUUGAUAUGAAUUAAUGUAAAGGCAAAAUGUUUGUUCAUAGCAUUAUAAUAAAAUGUAACAUAUUCUUUUAAAUAAAUUGAUUUAUUGACCCAAA